AUGGCUUUAAAACAAAGAUUCAGUUUUGAUUGGAAUAGAGAGAAAGCAAUAACAUUAAUAAGAUUAAAACAUAGUAGUAAAUAUUCAAAAUUAUUUAAUGAGGCUAGGAAUAACAACCAAAUGACGUUAAACACCUGGGUAUUACUUGCUAAUGAGUAUAGUAGUAAAUUAGAGGCGUGGGAAGCUAGAAAAAAGUAUAGUAAAUUAUUUGGUGAUUAUCAAAACUAUACUAAAUCAUCUAAUCCAAGCAAAUGGAUUUACUGGGAGAUAUUUCAUUACAGUUAUAUAAAAAAUUAUGAAAAUAGUGAAUACUUAGAGGUAAAUGAAGAUGAAGCAAAGGAUGAAAUUUUAAUGAUAAUGAAUGAUCAUCAAAAAAUGAUGGAAGAAAAUGAUAACAAUAAGAAAGAAAUUAAAAAGAAUCAUGAUAAUUUAAUAGAAUCAAAUGAUAUUGAAGAGAUAAAAAAGGAAAUUAAAACAAUUAAAUCAGAAGGUAAUGAAAGUCUUGGGAAAAUUGAUUUUAUUAAUGAAUUUAAUAGUCCAGGAAACAAAAUAAUAAAUACAUCUAAAUCAGAUUAUCAUGUAGAAGAAGCAUUAUUAGAUAGUUUUUAUAAAGAAAAUACAACAAACACUCAGUAUGUAAAUGAAAAUUUUAAGAAAUUUAAAGUUGAUAAUUUAAAUUCUUUGGAGCAAUUAAAACUAGAAUUUUAUAAAAAAUCAAUCGAAAAAAUUAAUAAUCAAGAAAUUAAUUGGAAUUCCAUGAAGGCUGCUAUAACUGAAAUGAAGUCACAACAUGAAAGAGAAAUUAAAUUACUAAAAGAUGAAAUUCACUUACUAACUAAAAUGAUAGAUGAUAUUUAUAAAGAUAAAUAA